UCCAAGUUAUUCAAUUUCUUUGGUGAGUUGGAUCGGGAAUAAGGCGAGCUCGCCCGUGUCUCGGACACCUUUGCCGCCUCGUUGCCCCUCCUGCGGGGUGAAGUCGGAUGUCAGGGACAAGGAUGUAUGCCGAAUGUUUGACUGCCACUACGAAAUCAGAGUGAGAGUAGACCAGACAUUCUCCACGAUAUCAACUUUGCAUUAUCCUCUCUGACCGGACUGCCACGUUGUCAAUCGACGAACAAUACGAGACUCGACAUCACAUCUACAACCACAUCCCACUCCCCACAGCAAUGUCUCAUCCCGGCCGCCUGGAAGGCAAAGUAGCCAUCGUCACCGGCGGCGGACUCGGGCUAGGCGAAGGCAUCGUGCGCAAGUUCGUGCACGAAGGCGCGCGCGUGCUAAUCUUCGACAUCCACAAAGCGAAUGGCGAAAAGGUGGCCGCCUCGCUCGACCCCAAGGCCGUCAAGGCUUACGAAGGCGACGUCACCAAGACGAGCGAUUGGGAGGCUGCGGUCAAGCACGCGCUCGAUGCGUUCGGCAAGCUGGAUAUCGUCGUCAAUAACGCUGGGGUGGUGCAUAACGCCCAGGCUUCCGACACGGUCCCGCUGGAGGAGUACGAACGCAUUAUGAAGAUUAAUGUCAGCCCGCUGUAUCACAGUGCGAAAGCGGUGCGCCCCGUCUUCCAGAAAGCCGGAGGAGGCGUGUUUGUCAACGUCAGCUCCAUCUCCGCGCCGCGCCCCCGCCCCAACCUGGUGUGGUACGCGGGGUCAAAGGGGGCGGUGAGUGCGGUGACGAAAGGGCUGGCGGCGGAGUUUGCAAAGGAAAAUGUGCGCGUGAACGCCAUCUGCCCCGUUGCGGCGGCGACGGGCAUGCUGGCGUCGGUUUUGGGCGGCACGGAUACGGAGGAGGGCAGGGCGGGGUUGAUCAAGGGGAUUCCGCUGGGGAGGACGGCGACGCCGCAGGAUAUUGGCAAUGCGGCUGCCUUCUUGGCGAGCGAUGAGGCGAGUUUGAUUACGGGGAUUGAGCUGUAUGUUGAUGGGGGAAGGUCGCUGCAGUGAGAGUGGAGGGGUUAGGGACAGGGAUGGGAGGUGCCGGAGGUAGAGAUGACGGUUCAUGUCAAGAAGUGCACGUAUUAUGUGCCAAGGAGACAGGGAAUAUGGACGCCAUCAAAUGAACAUGGAAAUACACGGAACAAAAGCCUCGCAAUUGACGGACAGGGAACGUGAAGCCACAGCCUCAUCAGUCAGGUACUGUAAGCCUGAAGGGAGGUAGCUAAGAACGUAAGAGGCAAGUGUGAAGACUAGAAAGGAUGACGAAAGAGAAGAGGAAGAGAAUUUCGCGUGCUAAGCUCGUGCA